AUGCGGCCAGAGGAGCGACUGACGGUGCUGUGUGCGCUACUGCUGCUCUAUGCACUCUUCUCCGUCCCGCUGGAGUUUCUGACUGUUUUUCGGCACCGCACUACCCCCCCAGCAGUUGGCGUCUCGUCGCCGUCUCCUCUAAAGACGUUUUCUACGGGCUCGGCGCCCGGGCUCUCCAUCAACUACGCCUCCUCGUACCUCGGGGCUACGGUGGUGUCUGUGGAGCCGCCUUCAUGCCACGGCGGAUCAGCGCUCAUUAGCGACAGUGCGGACAACUACGUACUGUGCCCAUGCAAUGCUGCUCGGAAGCAGUUCGUGAUGCAGCUCAUCCGCGAUGUGGAGGUGCGCUCUGUAAUGGUGCGGAAUGCAGAGCACUUUAGUAGCGGUGUGCGCAACUUCACGUUGCUUGGGAGUCUACAGUACCCAACGUCUACCUGGUUAGUACUGGGUCACUUUGAGGCGGAACAGCGGCGUGGGCGUCAGUACUUUGACGUCACCCCUGGCAGGCGAGUGCGCUUUAUCAAGCUUCAGUGGGCGACCUCGUACGGACCAGAGCCGUGGUGCACAAUCACCUCCUUUCAGGUGUACGGCAUCGACCUGCUGGAGACCCUGACGCGGUUCGAUGAGAGCGACGACCUGGUAGCUACCGAAGGUGCAGCUGAGGUCAGCGGCGGCCACCGCUGCUCUCCAGAUAUGGACUGCUUUCACCGACCAGCACUUCCCUCGGCACCGGGGAAGGUGGUGGCACCGUCAGCGGCUGGUAGCAGCGCAGUUGCGUCAGGGAGCGGUGCGACGCCUGCGGUUUCGAUUGAUGAGCUCGCGGCAGAGAUGUGGAACGGUGUUACUGCGACUGCCAGGGCUUCAAAGGAGGAUGACACUGAUGUCCUCCUUUUCGCUCCUGUGGACGUCGCCGUGUCAGCCGACAGGGGGUCGCCAUCCCAGUCUGGUGCACGCGCAAAGCGGCCAUCCUCAACUAGCUCCAUAGCGCUCGUGAAGAUUGCACGUGAACUUCAGUCGCCGAGCUGUAGCUCUGUGAACUCCAUGUACUGGAAUGCAUCCCUGCAGUGCACCUUCUCAGACCUGACUGCUCUGUGGGGCCCGUGUGCGGUGACCAGGUGUGGCACAUCAUCCCACGUCACAGCCGUGGGCACUACUCCCACUCACGCCUCUGCCUCUUCGGUGAACACCGCCAGCAUCAAGGGCUUCCCUGCAUCCAGGUCCAUCUACCAGAGUGUCGCGGCAUCUCUUCUCACGCAGCUUCUUCGGCAGCAGCGCAGCUUGCAUCAUGAGCUGACGUUGCUGACGCGGCGACAGCGCCACCUGACUGAGGAGCUUAACCAUACCCGCAGCCUCCUCAGCAACUUCUACGCCAAGUACAAGGAAACAGAGAGGGAGUUCAGCCAGUACCGCAACCAGCUUCGUGGGUUACAUGCAGAGCUGCAGCUUCUGCAAGAGCGAUUUCUUCUUCGUAGGCACAGCAGUUUCUGCGGCGAGGGAGUCGACACAAGUGGAAGCGGUGGCAGCGUAAUGCGGAGUGACACAACCUUGACUGUGAUAUUACUUGUUGUGUUAGCGCUAAUGGUGGUACUGGUACUCAUCUACUCAUCUUCGUCAUCCUUUCCUGGUGUUAGGCGACCAAGUGAUUGGGAGCGUUACUAUAGCGUCAGUCGUGGCGGCGGCAGCGGAUCCCCGCCCUGGUUGCAACCGCAGCGAGGACGCGCAAAGUAG